GAUAUUGUCAACUGCCUUAGAUCAAGAUAGAGUUUCUCUCUAAACAUGAAGUAAAAAUCUGCGAUAAAAUGCUCUUGUGUGAUUCUUACGGCUAGCUGUACUUCUGGGCGAUUAUUGUCGUAUUUAUUGGUUAUGAAGAGAACUUACAGGAUUUUCUUGCAUUACUGCAUUAGGAAUUAUAAAUACGCCGGUAAAUAAAAUAAUUAGUCCUCGUAUAAUGAAAAUAUGCUAUUAUCAGGGAUGAAGUGUUGCAUAAGUAGGAUACAUUCAUAUAAUUCAGUUCAGACUGUGUUGGAAUUACUCUUGAGUUUGGGACUAAUCGAAAAACAUGUCACUAGGAAACCUGACUUCAGGUGCUGACCUGUACGAGUCUUCCGUGAACCUUUCGCUCGGGGACCGGAUCAUCCUUGGAGCCAUUCUCCUGUUUACCACGUGCUGCAGCGCAGUAGGCAAUGUGUUCACAUGUGUAAUCGUGUACCGGAAACGACCGAUGCGGUCCGCCAUAAAUCUGCUCCUUACGAAUAUCGCGUGCGCCGACCUUCUCCUUGCGCUCACACUGAUGCCGUUCAUGUUGUACCAACUGGCCGCUCCUUCAAGUGACGUCGCCCUAAACGUAUGCGUCUGUCUGUCAGUGGCCAAGGACAGUGCGGUGUCUGUGGCCGCGUGCACGUUGCUCGUAAUCAGCAUGGAUCGCUUUUUAAUAAUCGUCUUCCGGCGGGACCGCCUCAGUGUUUGCGUCGCCAAGUGCUGUAUGGCGGUCAUUUGGGCGUUGUCGGUGUCUCUCGCGUCUGUGCAGUUUCUAAGUAACGUUGAUGGAUUUGUGUUUCAUGACGAUUUUCUUUGCAAAGACAACAGAGGGUAUUCCAAGAGUUCACUAGCCUACACUACAAGUUUGGUGACGUUAACGUUUUUUCUGCCCAUGGUGGUCAUGUUUUAUCUUUACGCGACAAUCUUACGAACGGUUCAGUUGACAUCUAAAAAGAUUCACAAUCAUUCUGGAAGUACAGUUAACGUUUCUGUGACACAGUACAGCAGCCAACUCGGACUUCCGCCAGUGGCGCACCCAUACCGCGUCACCGGCGAUUUUGACGCAAAGCGACGAGCAUUCGGAACAAUUAUCAUCCUGUAUGUGACGUCACUUAUGUGCUGGUUGCCCUACAUGGCAAAACGAAUCUCAAUCAACAACAACAACAACAACGAAGAAUCACAAAGUGAUCCUGUGAAUGUGUUCUUUUUGAUUAUUGGUUGUCUCAAAAGCGCCCUCUACCCUGUGAUAUAUUGUGCACGUAAUCGGAGAUUCAGGCGAGCUUGUUCUGGGGUCCUACCUUCCAAACCUCGAUUGCCCAAACGAACAUUCAGAAUAAAGUCUCGGAGAGUGAACCCCAAAGUGAUCUACGAGAUGUCAGAAAUAGAAACAAGAACUUGAAGUGAUCUACGACAUGUCUGAAAUAGAAACAAGAACUUGAAGUGAUCUUCGAUAUGUCUGAAAUAGAAACAAGAACUUGAAGUGAUCUUCGAUAUGUCUGAAAUAGAAACAAGAACUUGGAAGUGAUCUACGAGAUAUCAGAAAUAGAAACAAGAACUUGAACAUUUGGAAAAGUGACCAUCAUGCCAUUUGAAGACAGCGUUUUCAAUUAUAAAGUAGGGACUAUACAUAACGUGUUCAUAUAUAUAUGGCCUGGCCUGACACAAAAUGCCAGGCCAGGUUUGAUACAGGUGUGCUCAUUUUCAUAUAAUCAAUCAAAUAAUAUCACCAAAAAGCUUGGGCGACGUUGUUUGGUGACGCAAUGACGCGUAGUAAUUUUAGAUCGCUGUUGACGUCAAAAUAGUUCUUAAAAAACGCAUUUUGGACGAGUAGAUAUGUCUAUUUCAAUUAAAGAUUUUGAGUACAAUUAUUAUA